AUGUCUAUGACAAGGGACAAUGUAUGUCUAAACAUAUUUCGCUACUGGGAAAGGCAUUUCGGCAUCAAAGAUCUGAUUCACGCUUUGCUUUUCCUGUUCUACGAGCCCAACUUUGAUGACCCGUACAACUUGUAUUGUACCAAUCUGCCCAUGCCAGCAGAACAGUGCAUACGUCACACACUCGCGGGUGGUACAGUGAAUUGGGUCAAAUUCCCACCAAAUGAGGCUUGGUGCCAGUGGGCUCGGACAAACAGUGCAUUACCACAACCUGGUGAAACAGCUCCAUCUCCGGCUGAGACGACUUCUAACAAAAUCCAUACUGACCAAGACGUAUCGCGGGGCGAGCAACAAUCGGGGGAACCGCGAUUGUCCGCAACCAAUCGAUAUUUUCGUCGCUCCCUAUCCGGGCAGUUCACCCUAGCCGUGCCCGAGGGAAGCGAUACAGACUGGUCCAAUGCUAGCCCGCUAGCCAGUCGCCUUCUCCCGUUCGGUUUCCUCUGUCACAUCACAGUAGAAACAUUGAUCGGGGAAGUGGAUCCGGACGUGCCCUGGUCCAAUUACACUCGGUACUACUAUGCCGAAACGUGUAAUACAGAUCAUGCGGACUUUUUGUGGAAUUCCGUGGAUGCCAGUGUCGGUUUCGAUCACACGGAACGGGGGGACUGUGUGGGUGGAUCACAACGUUCCUCCGUGAACGUGUGGACAUCUCGUUUCGGUGAAGAAGCUCAAGGCUUGUUCACAAGCGAACUGAGCGAUGCGGAAGAACUGGAACAGAUGUUGACCAAUCUGUUGUUGAGCGCACAAAAUGAACACACCAAUGCAGACGAGGGUCACACAAUGGGAGCUAGCACCUGGAAUAGAGCGGAAAGCAUUUGGCUCGGUAGUGAAUCGCACUUGCUAUCAGAAGAGGUGGACAAGGAUGAUGAUGAUGAUGAUGAUGAUGAUGAUGAUGAUGAUGAUGAUGAUAAACAUGAAGAUAACGCUGAUGAUGAAAAUCAUUCCACACAUUCUCUCAAUGCGUCUCCCACUGAGUCCAGCCAUGAUUGCACGGCGGAAAGAAAACUCGGCAUUUCAACUUCUCCAUUGAAAAUAUCCAUCGGUGUCCUAGAUUGGUCACCUUCAAAUAACCACUCCAGCACGACCGACUAUCCCUGUGAAUCGUCUCCAACGAAUACCGGUGUCCAAACCAAUCGCCAUCCGGAUUCAGUAGAGUUUUCCGAAUCAGUAGGUGUUCACCAACCACCACCGGAUAUUGAUAAAUCCGGCAUACAUUAUACCCCGACUCGUCCAACUCCAGGUUCAAAUCCGGAUGCAGUUUCACACCAAGCGGAGGUUGACACGAAUCCGGCACUGUUUUCGUCGUCCUCGUACAAUAAACUUUUAGACACGCCUUCACCCGCAUCCGAGGCUACAGAAAACCAUCCCGAUGAGACAGAGGAAGCGGUGGAACGUCCGACGCGUCCGUCGUUGCGGAUUGAAUUAAGCCCAGAGGAGUACAAUUUGUUGCCUGUCGAAAUUCAAGCAAUCCUGGAAGAGCCCACCCUGGAUCUUUCCUUUUUCUACCCGGUGGUUGAACGAUAUGGCUCAUCCGAUUGGCACAUCCAUCCCCAUCAGUUUUUUCUAUUCAAACAAUUCCUUCUGACACUCCGACCGUACACGUGGAUUCUAUCCCAAACGCGGUGGCCACCGUUCUUGGCACCUGGACGUGGCACUACAUUGACCAUGACAGAUUUCUGGUUGUGUACCGAGGAUGAUAUGCGUGCAUCCUCGUCACAACUGCGACACGAUCUGCUUCAACAUUGUCGUCGUCGCCUCAAUCGGCAGGACUGUUCCAUACUGCUUGUGGACUCCUUGGUAAGUAUAUUCCGAAAUAGCCACCAGUCGUAA